AUGAGCGUCCAAGAGCGAGCGGACGCCUAUAGGCAGCAUGUGGAGCAUCAUGGCAAUGGUGCGGUACAUAUCUUCACCGGAAAUGAAAAACAGCGCAAGGUGCUCAUCAAUCCGGUGAUCCACGAUAUGAAUGUGGAUCGUGUGCGAGCUGCGUACCUGGACAAUGAAUGGUACAACUCUGAGAAUACUCCAAACAGGCAGGCACAGGAAGAUUACGACAGAACGAGGAGUGCUUUGGAAGGCGGAAGUUCGAGUUAUGAUGUGUAUCGCAAUGUGUUGGAGAAUGCGUUGAAUCUUGCCUUUCUGGCGGCUAAUUCUAAUCAGCUGCGACUGUUAACCGAGAAUCAGCAGGAAGAUACCAUGUACACGGCCAGCGUUGGAAUGGUGGUUAUGUCGCUGAUCCUGCAGAUUCUGAUAGGUGUUUCGAUGAUCACUAUAUCAAUGAACAGUGAUCAGCGGUGGAGAAAAUUAAAGGUUACCGCAUCGGUUUGUGUGGUGAUAGUUGCAGUAGUUAAUAUCGUGGUGCUUUCGUUGCUGAAUGCGGUGUUGUUAAAAUAA